AUGCUGCAAUUCGCCUUGGUAACAAUGGCACCUUCUGAUUCUUCUCCGACGAAGCCAGAGGAUGGUUCAGGUAAUGGAAAAUCUCAUCACGAGAUCGGUGCUGUAGUGAUUCAACAACAGAUAGAUGAAGUUGAGAGUGAUAAGAACGCAGAGCCAUCACACGAUGCAGGCAGUUUCUACGAGCCUGGACCGUAUACACUUUGCUGCGGUCCUGAAGAUUACGAUAAUUAUUUCGAUAAUCCUCCAUGGGAGUGCGAGCCUUCCUUUAACCCUCCUUCUGAAGAGGACGAGGACAUGUACGCCGAGGAAGAAGAUGAAUACAAUACCUACUACUGUCAUGUCAACAAUGGUGGCUCUCUGAAAGAGGUUUGUGAUGAAAACGGCCACGUGGAUGGUGGAAAUAACGGCGAGGCUGAGUCCACUCGCGUAAUAUAUGUCCCAUCUCCAAAGGUAGGUUUAGUGGUUGGUGCUGUGGCGACUUUAAAGUAUCUUCAGUCCAAUUUUGGUGACCGGAUCCGUAUUUUGAGAGAUUCAGAGGUUGAUAUGAAACGUGCACAAACACCAGUGGUAAUAACUGGAACUAAUUCACAGAUUGAGUUCGUUGAGCAGCUUAUAGACGCAGUUUUAGUAGAGGAGAAUCAUGAGGAACGCAUGGAAGAGGAAACUGAGAAGCCAUCUUCUCAGAAAGAUUGUGAUGCUCGUAGUGAUGAAGUUCUUGCUGAACAAACACACUUAAUCUCUUCUAUUGCUACCAACGGAAGUCUGUAUCUCAACGUGAGGGAAUCUGAAAUGAGCGAGCUUCACACAACGCCUAAGAAACCCAAACUGAAAAGAGAAGAAGAAGAAGAAGAAGAAGAAGACGAAGUCGAAGCUGAUGUCGCUUCCAGAGAUGAGCAGGAACAGAUCCUUGUCGCUUUAGUAGACCACCGUUCAGAUGAAAUCAAGCGUCUCAAGCAUCACAUAUCUAACUACCAAACCAAGCUUGUUGAAUCAGAAAAAAGUCUGAGAGACUCAAAAGCUAAGUUAGCUCACCUUCGUGGCCAUGAUGAUGGAGUUUCAGUUCCAUCUAUUAGUAAUUCAAAGAAAGAUUCUGAACCAUUGAAGACUCUGAGAAACGUCAAUGAUGAUGAAUCUUCAAGAAACCUUACUCCUUCUAAGAAAGACUAUCCAUCUCCAUCACGUAGCAAGACCCUUAAGCCCUGUGAUAGCUCUGAUCCUAGAAGUAGUAGUAGUAGUAGUAUCUCCAAGUCCAAGGCCAAAACUGUUGUUGUGAAGCAAAAAUCUGAACCAUCUUCUCGUGACAGUCCUAAUGUUAAAGCUAGCCGUGACAGUCCUAACGUUAAAGAUAGAGGGACGAAAAGGAAAUUCGAGCUAAAGGAGCAUAAAGAGUUGAUUCGUUUGAUAGCAAGAAACUCUUCACCAACUACAAUCAAGUGUCAUACCAGCAAUCAAAUCUCUAGUCAGCACAAGAGGAAGCUAAGGAGCCUGAUUCUUUGUCCUGUAAACGAGCAGCUGUUUGCAACAAGAUGGCAUGGUCAGUUUAUGGCAACUGCAACCUGGAAGGUCGGUUCUUUCUUUCUUCCCAUUUUAGCUAUUCUCUUGUCUCAGUGGAUUGUAGUGGAAAGCAUUUGCUAUGUUGAUAUUAGUUCGGGACUAGUCUCUUAUUGGAGAUUAGCUGCAUCAUUGCUUAGUACCACCGACUGUCUAUCUCGGAAACAAAGAAGAUGGGCAGAAGAUAUAGCCUGGCACCCAUCUGGGAACACCCUCUUCUCUGUAUACACUGCAGACGAUGGGGACUCUCAGAUAUCAAUCCUAAAUCUGAACAAGACACGCGGGCUUCGACUGUUUGAUAUCAGGUUAAGGAAAACCGAACUACACUCGUUUGGGUGGAAGCAAGACAGUAGUGAAUCACAAUCAGCUUUGAUAAACCAGUCUUGGUCUCCUGAUGGUUUAUACAUCACCUCUGGUUCAGUUGAUCCGGUUAUUCAUGUUUUUGACAUCAGGUACAAUGCUCGUAAGCCGACGCAAUCGAUAAAAGCUCAUCAGAAACGAGUGUUUAAAGCGGAAUGGCACUACUCUCAGCCACUUCUGAUCUCCAUAUCUUCUGAUCUCAACAUUGGUCUGCACAAGAUCUCAUGAACAACUUUGAAGCUCUCACAUGUUCUCUCUGCUUCUCAUUUCAUAUAUAGUAAACUUACUAUAGAUUUUUACAAAUAGAUUACAACCAAUUUUUUAGUUUUAGGCAUAAACAUCAUUUACAUGUUGGUUGAACUAAAAGUUGCCUUAAUCUCCCACUUAAUUUCACUUUUAUAGACGAAUCAUUUUCCUAACAUUACUGUUCUGCCAUGAAUUGGCUAAUAUCAUCUUUUGUAAUUGUCAUUUCUGAGAAAAUUAAAUUCAGAAGCACCAGAAAGAAAGAACAAACAAGAAAAAACUGAGAUAAAGUCUCAAACUUUUGGUUAAAAUACAAAAUUCUCCAAAAUCUGUCUUAUUCGGUCGUCAAUUUGAAGUUUUGCUUUAUAGGGAAGUUGCUUCAGUUCGAGCUAGCGAAUGGGUUUUAGAGAGAUGCAGAGAAUCUCCAAUUCCAUCUCCGGAAUCAGAAGAUUCUGUGUCACCGCUCUCUCGUCAUCUUCCGAUUCAAACCACGUUACUACACUCACCGAUCAUCGGACAUUGAAACAAGUUCUUGAAUCCUGCAAAGCUCCAUCAAAUUCAAACUGUGUUCUUCAAGCACAUGCUCAGAUCUUUAAACUCGGAUAUGGAACAUACCCUUCUCUCGUUGCCUCCAUGGUUACAGCUUACAAACGCUGCAAUCUCUCAAACUUUGCUCGCCGGCUUCUUAUUUGGUUCCUCUCACUAUCUCCUGGUGUCUCUAACACAAACCUCAUAAUCGAGAGUCUCAUGAGAACAGGAGAGUACGGUUUGGCCAAGAAGGUUCUUCGUAAAGCGAGUGAUCGUAAUGUAAUCACUUGGAACUUGAUGAUUGGUGGUUAUGUGAGAAACGUACAGUACGAAGAAGCAUUGAAAACUCUCAAGGAUAUGCUUAGUUUCUCGGAUAUCAAACCGAAUAAGUUCACUUUCGCUUCUUCUUUAGCUGCUUGUGCUCGUCUCGGGGAUCUACACAAUGCGAAAUGGGUGCAUUCGUUAAUGAUUGAUGCUAAAAUCGAGCUUAAUCCAAUACUAUGUACUGCGCUUGUCGAUGUUUUCGCAAAGUGCGGAGAUAUAGAGACUUCCAGAGAGGUUUUCUAUAGUGUAAGACGCAACGAUGUUUCGAUAUGGAACUCGAUGAUCACUGGUUUUGCUACUCAUGGACUAGCUAAAGAAGCGAUCAGAGUGUUUUCAGAGAUGGAAGAUGAACAUGUUUCGCCGGAUUCCAUAACGUUUCUCGGUGUUUUAACAGCGUGUAGCCAUUGCGGGUUUCUUGAAGAAGGGAAAGAGUUCUUUGAUCUGAUGAGUAGUCGGUUUUCGAUACAGCCAAAGCUAGAGCAUUACGGAGCCAUGGUUGAUCUGUUAGGUCGAGCAGGAAAGGUCAAAGAAGCGUAUGAGUUGAUAGAAUCGAUGCCGAUAGAACCUGAUUUGGUUAUAUGGAGAUCUCUUCUUAGCUCAUCAAGAACUUACAAGAACCCCGAGCUAGGUGAAACCGCGAUACAGAGUCUUUCAAAGGCGAAAAGCGGAGACUUUGUGUUGCUUUCGAACAUAUACAGCUCCACGAAGAAGUGGGAUAGUGCGCAAAAGGUCAGAGAGCUGAUGAAGAAAGAAGGAAUCCGUAAAGCGAAAGGAAAGAGUUGGGUUGAGUUUGGAGGAGUGAUACAUCGGUUUAAGGCAGGAGAUACAUCUCAUGUAGAGACAGAGGCUAUAUACAAACUAUUAGAAGAGUUGAUACAGAGAACUAAGUCACAAGGCUUUGUGCGUGACACUGAUUUAGUGUUGAUGGAUGUCUCUGAAGAGGAGAAAGAGGAGAAUCUGAAUUACCAUAGCGAGAAGCUCGCGUUGGCGUAUGGGAUCUUGAAGAGUAGUCCUGGAUCAGAGGUUAGGAUUCAGAAGAAUAUAAGGAUGUGCAGUGAUUGCCACAACUGGAUCAAAGAAGUGUCGAAGUUGUUGAAUAGAGUGAUUAUAAUGAGGGAUCGGAUACGGUUUCAUAGGUUUGAAGAUGGGUUGUGUUCUUGCAGAGAUUAUUGGUAAAGAGAUAAACAUCAAGAAGUGUUCUUGCAAGAGAUAACAAUCAAGCAACUUUGUAAGUAGAGUUUGGUCAAUGAAAGUUUCAGUUUUGAUGAUACAUUUGUGUUGAAGCAUGAAUCUGGGUUUCAUUUUCAUAGAUUCUCGACUGUUUCUACAAUUUGAAAGUUUGGGAGGUUAGUUUCCUGAGACUUUUGGUUUUAGGGAUUUAUUUUGAAAUUCUCAAAAGUUUUAAGGACUUAAUUGGAAUAAAUAGUAUCGUAAAGUUAGUGAUUUAUCGGAGGAUAUACAGUAAUGGUGAAAUUGAAAACUGUGGGAAUUGGAAAAAAAAGAUCCGACCUGCCGGAAUCGAACCAACGACCUAAAGAUCAUCUGUUGUAAACAACUACAGUCUUCC